AUGCUUGUUGCCUUGAUCGGCAUCCCUAAAACGACCGUAGCAACAACAACAGCGACAACAACAGCGACAAUGACAACGGCAACAACAUCAACGACGACAACAACAGCGACAAUGACAACGGCAACAACAUCAACGACGACGACAACAGCUGCAUGCAAUAGAACGUUUGCUGCUCAAGUGACCUAUUCCAGUGGCACUUCCCCGCUUUCUGUGGCAGCAGCCGAUGUCAAUGGGGACAGCAAACUGGAUAUUAUUGUCGCAAAUUACGGCUCACACAAUGUCAGUGUUCUUCUCAACAAUGGCAAUGGCACGUUUGGUGCUCAAGUGACCUAUUCCAGUGGCACUAACCCGUAUUCUGUGGUAGCAGCCGAUGUUAAUGGAGACAACAAACUCGAUAUUAUUGUCUCAAACAGCGGUUCAAACAACGUCGAUGUUCUCCCCAACAAUGGCAAUGGCACGUUUGCUACUCAAGUGACCUAUUCAACGGGCAGUUCGCCGUCUUCUGUAGUAGCAGCCGAUAUCAAUGGAGACAGCAAACUCGAUAUUAUUGUCGCGAACUGGAUGUCACAAAACGUCGGUGUUCUCUUCAACAAUGGCAAUGGCACGUUUGCUG